AUGCAAAUGGUUGAACCCAUCAUCUGUUAUCGUAAACAUCUGAUUGGUGAUCAAAUUUAUGAGAUCAGAUUCACCGAAAAUGCCCUCACAUUAACAAAUCCCAAGAAACCCGGUACUCCUAAAUACUUCUUACCAUUAAGCUGGUCCUCAGAGAUAAGAUGGUAAUUAACAUCUAAAGAAAAUGCUUUUGGCUUUCACACAUAACCACAAAAAUUUAAAUGGUUUCAUGCUAAACAAAGUGACUUACUAAUAUUAAAGAAGAUCCUUUCCAAAUUUGUUUCUUUCACUUAAAUAUAAGACUUUUAUGAAGCCACAGAGUUUUUGGCAAGUGGUAGCAACAGUCGAGUUUAUUAAGUUGUUAGAAAGAAUGAUAAAAAUAAUAAUUUUGUCACAAAAUGUAUUACAAAGGAGACAAUUUAAAAUUCUGUUGAAAAAAUGAAUGGAUUGUACAAUGAAUUGAAUAUCCUUAAACAGCUAAACCACUCUAAUCUUCCUCAUUUUGAAGAGUUCUACGUUGGUGAUGGAACCUACUAUAUUGUUUUGGAGUAUUGUUAAGGCUAAACUUUAAAUUCACACUUAAAAGAAUUAAAACAUUAAUUAAAUGUAAGAGUCAUUUAGAGCAUUCUUUUGGAAUUACUAUAAGGUGUUGCCUAUUUGCAUUCCUUAAAUAUAAUACAUAGAGAUAUAAAGCCAGAGAAUGUUAUAUUAAAUAUUCAAGAGAAAAAAGUAGAUCUGAAAAUUGUUGAUUUUGGCCUUUCUGUAGAGCUUGAACCAAAUAAAGAACUUAAAAAAUGUGGAACUCCCGGAUUCGUGGCUCCGGAGAUAAUUAAUCUGAAAAAUGAAAAAUAUGGGUUAGAAAGCGAUAUUUUUUCGAUUGGAUGCGUGUUCUAUAAAUUAUUAUCAAGAAAAGAUCUGUUUCAAGGGGAAACUUAAACUGAAAUACUAUCAGCUAAUAGAAGAUGUCAAUUCAAUAUUUAGAAUUUAUCACUAAUCCAUAUCCCAUAAACUGCUCAAAACCUACUCUCAGAAAUGUUGCAUGAAGACCCAAAAUUAAGAAUCAAAGCUACAUCAGCAUUGUAGCACUCUUUUUUUCGAGAAAAUUUCAGACCCAGUAUUGGAAAUCUAAAUCUUAAUUUAAUUCAUGCAAAAGGUAGUUUUCAUACUUAAAAAUCGAAUUACAAAAAAUAACAUAGUGAUGAUGAAAUACUUGUAGAUUAUUUCAAUAAUGAAUUACCACCUAUAAAUGAAAUUCCUGUUUUUUUAAAAUAUCAAAAAAAUGGAUAAACAUCAACUUAAAAUCAAGACAAUCAAAAUUCUUAAUCCACCAAUUCUAAUUUUUUUAAAAGAAAUAUCUCAAAAUCACCAGAUUGA